GUUAACUCCCAUUGGUAAGGGCUGCACAAAUCUAAAUGAUAAAUUAUGCCUAAAAAGGAAAUUGUGCACACAAUAUAUGUCAGGGUAUUAAAAUGGAAAGCAUUCCAAGUGGAAAUUCAUCCUAUAAAGCUAUCAUCUACAUCACCAUGUCAGUUGGAAACAGCUGCUUGGUUUCAAGAUCGACACAUGCAGGAAGUAUUGAUGUUAUUGAAAGACAUAAUGCAGGAACGAGCUAUGUUAAAAAGUAAAGACUUGGAUACCAUAAAAAUGGCAAAGUCUGAAAUCUUGACAGGCAGUACGGUUCGUUUGGGUUAUUCUUUCAAGCGAAAAGAAGAACAUCAGAUUUGUUUGCUUCCAGCUGAUUUUUCUGAUACGCACAACUCUGAGGCAGAUAGUGAUGUUACGUCUAGAUACCGAAAUCUAGUGCUUCACAGUGAGAAACUGGUUGUGUACACCUAUCCUUUGGAAAGGUCCUCACAACAGAAUAUGAUUCAGUUACUGUCUCAUCAGAGCCAAAGCCAGAAGGUCAGCAUUAGUAACUACUUUCAUAAGACAUCUUCGACAGUGACCUCCUCACAAAGUAUUACGAAAGAUCACCACGAGUUCUCAAAGACAUCCCGGAAAUAUGCGAAAACAGAAAACGAACCUGCUGUGGUUUCAGAUGAUCCUUUUAGUGCAACAAGAAAACGAACUAUUAAAAGCAUUAUCAAAAACAGUGGCCCCAAAUUAUCCAACACCAAAAAAAGGAAAGUAGCAAAAACAGUGGGAAUAUCAUCAUGUACAGAACCUGGUAAGCAAAUCCAACAAAAAUUUGUUUGUAAUGACGAAAACGUAUCAUGUAGCAUCGACGAUAGCAAGUCAUCAAGAGAUAAAACAGAGGAUUGGAAUAGUCCUGAGAAACUGGUGAAGCUAGAUGGUGAGUGUUUUGUCUUGUUACAGAACUGUGUAACAGACAGAAGUAAACAUUAUUUUGAUGUCCAGUCAGAAACUCGUAAAAUAUAUGGAAAGACAAAUUCGACAGCAGUGCCUAGAGAAAGCAGGAAAAAGACUGGAGAUGAUAAAGUGAAAUCGCUAACUGAUGGCGGUAGUUUAGACUUACAAAUCUCACAUCAAGAGAAAAGUCUUUCCUUGUCUGUUAUAAAUGACUCGGGUAAUGCUAAGAGAAUGUUUAGGUCUCACUGUCUGGAAAAAGUUAAGACAUCAAUAAAGAUAAAUGAUGAGUUAGCAUCAGUUCAUCCAAGUCGGUUAAAAUUGAAACCUAAAGAAGAGGAGAAAAGCCUCUCUUCACUACACAAAUCUAGUAUCACAGAGAAUAUGUUCAAGUCACUGACUCCAGAGGAAGUGAUGACCCCAACAGAGAUAGAUCACGAGUUGUCUUCAUUUUGUACAAGUGAUCAGACUGAUACAUCUCAGCCAUCUGAGUCUCCACAGAUAACACCAUGUUCACCUGGCUCCGUGGAAACAAAGACAGACUGUGAUAGAAAGGGUGCACAUCCAUUUCUCAAAUCAAAAUGCUUGUCUGUGAGUAUGUUGAGAAAAAUAGCAGAACAUAAAGACAAAAUGCCUGAGUCACCAAAAUCUGUGAGGACCAAUUUGAAGAAUCAGAGAAGUCCUUUGAGUUCCAGUCUUUCUGAUGAUCCAUAUGAAUUCAAAUUCUCACCUAAAAAAACAAAAAUGGAAAAGGAUUUGAAGCAAGACAUGGUUCAAAAGAAAGGUUGUUCCAAAAGGAUCCAGGAAUUGGUUCAAAAGAAAAGUUGUGCUAAAGGAAUACAAAACUCUUUUCAUAAAAAAGGUACUAAAAGGACAAUUCUGGGCAUCAAAUCUGAUAAAUCACAGAAAGAUACUGAAGAAGAUGUUGCCCACAAAGAACAAGAAAAGUUGCCAGUAAUAUUUUAUAAAAAACGUGAUCGUUGGAAGAAAAGACUGACAGAAAUAUUUCCUUUACCAGAGGAGUCCAGUGACCAUGUUGCUUCAGAAAGUUUUGAAUCGGGUGACCAAGCUGACAUUGGGAGUGGGAGUCUCAAAGAAAGCAGUGACUCCUUUGUCUGCCUUUCUCGGAAUGACAUACUUGUAAAUGAUCACUUGAGUGUUGAAGCGACAGAUUCUGGAUGUUCUAGUCUACAGUCAGAAAGCAGAAGUAAUCUGGCAGAGCUGACUAAAGAACUUAAGCAGAUACAGAGUGUGGACAGCAUAAAGAAAAUACAACUUGAGAAGCUGGUGUUUAGCUAUGAGCCGUACUUGAGAAAACUAUUUCAGGGACAAGUAUCGUGUUGGCGUCAUCAGGAGUACAAGAAAGGUGGAAGUUCUCGAGCCAACCUGAACUAUUAUGUUCAUUUUGGACUGUUCACAGAAGAGCAACAGGAUGUUGUCAUGGAAACACUCAUGUCCAUUUUCUGCAAGAAACACCACAGAUAUUUGGACUACAUCAUGAAAGUCUUAUUGCCUGAAAUUCUGAUCAAGAUACUAAUGGAAAUGAAAGAGCUGAGUCACAACGAAGCAGACACACUACUAGCCACGUCUCAACAGUGAAGUGAGCCAUUAACUUGAUCCUUUUCUCAACAGUAGAGAGUGCCACUUCUCAACAUUGAAGUGUGCUAUUUCUUAACAUGAGUCACAUCUCAACAUUGAAGUGUGCCACGUCUCAACAUUGAAGUGAACUGUUUCUUAACAUAACCACGUCUCAACUGUGAAGUUAGCUAUUAACAUGAAUCCUUUUCUCACCAGUAAUGAGAGGCAUGUCUCAAAAUUUGAUUAAGUCAUUUCUCAACAUAGAAGCGUGCCACAUCUCAACAGUGAAGUGAGCCAUUUCUCAACAUUGAAGUGAACCACAUCUCAACAUAGAAGCGUGCCAAAUCUCAACAGUGAAGUGAGCCAUUUCUCAACAUUGAAGUGAGCCAUUUCUCAACAUUGAAGUGUCCCAUGUCUCAAUAUAGAAGUGAAACACUUCAACAGUAAAGUGAACCAUUUGUCAUUUUUAGCAGUAAAGUGAGCCACUUCUCAACAGUAAAGUGAGCCACUUCUCAACAGUAAAGUCAACCAUUUGUUAUUCUCAACAGUAAAGUGAGCCACUUCUCAACAGUAAAGUGAACCACUUCUCAACAGUAUAGUGAGCCAUUUGUCAUUCUCAACAGUAAAGUGAGCCACUUCUCAACAGUAAAGUCAACCAUUUGUCAUUCUCAACAGUAAAGUGAGCCAUUUCUCAACAGUAAAGUCAACCAUUUGUCAUUCUCAACAGUAAAGUGAGCCACUUCUCAACAGUAAAGUGAGCCAGUUCUCAACAGUAAAGUGAGCCAGUUCUCAACAGUAAAGUGAGCCACUUCUCAACAGUAAAGUGAGCCACAAAUAAGUGAACUUGCUUUUCUCUUCAAUCAGUAUGAACGUCACCAUUUAUGGGAUUACUUUUGGGUUAAUGGUCUUUAUUGUUUCACGUUUAUGCUCCAAAAUCAAAAUAUUCAGGAUGAAUCUUUUAAAGGUCGUGAAUGAUUUAUGAAAAUGUGUACUGGUCUAGUACAAUUAUAAUUCCAUUACUUUUGAACAACCAACUUACCUUUUAUUUUGAUACCUUAUUAUUAUUACUAUUAUUAUUUUAUAUUAUAUACUUGAAGAGGUUACUGAAAUCUUAAUACUGUAAAAUAUUUUCUUUGAUUACAAAGUUGACAAACCUAAAGUACAUUCCAAUUGUUAUUACAUGGAUUGUAAUGCUUCCUCUCAGGGCUUUUGUUUUGUGCAGUCUGGAAACUGUUAUUUGAUUUAUUAAAUACAUGUUUGAACUUUACCACAUUGCAGUGGAAAAAUUGUGCAGUUGCUGUUAAAUAAAAUAAUUGGGUCCAUAUUCUUGCCAUUGAACAAUAGCAGUGUACUUUAACUAUUGUACUCAAUCCAGUUGUUUGUGUUACUUUUUCAUCUAUAUUUUGCUGGCUUAUGUUUGUUUUCUUGGGUUUUUAGACCAUACCAUGAACUAUUUAUAAGCAUCAAAACAAGUAUAUAGACACAAGAAGUGCCUUAGGUGCAACACUUUAUGUAAAAGUGUCAAAUAAAAUGUUUGAAAAUG